CUCGAAACGCGUGACUGUCGAGGUGUCAGCUGCGAGUGGCACCACCUCGUCGACCUGAGGCCGGCGACAUGUUCAACUUGCACAGCCUAAACGGCGACCGGCUGGAGCGCUACCACGACCUGCACGUGCGGAAGCACCCGCUGCAGGGCCGCUCCUCGCUGCCCAUGGAUCUAUCGGCCAUGAAGACGUCCACGUGGACGUACAAGCCGGCCGCGCCGCUACAGCUGAUGGCGCCGCCACCGCACCUCGUGGAGAAGCAGAUGCGCUUCCGCCCGGAGAAGGCUCACCGUCGACCCGUGCAGCGGCUGCAGUGGCGCAAGAGCAAGUGGCAGCCGGACCCAGACGAGCCCAGCAGCUACCUCGACCUCAACCGUAUCAGCUCCAUGACUAUCGCCGACGUCAGCCCCAAGUUCGCCGUCAAGCGCAUCCUGAUGCUGUACGAGAACCAGCAGUACCGGGAGGCGGCCAACUUCGUCAACCGUCUGAGCCACGGCACGUUCAAGGUAAUCCUGACGGAUCUGCCGGUGGACGUGUUCAUCGAGUCGAUGCCGGACAGCUUGCCGAUCCUGGAGGCGCUCUACGCCAAGGUGUUCCUCUCUGACGGGCUCAACUUCUCGGUGAAGACUCUGAAGCCGGAUGCGGUGGUCAUGCAGAUGGUCAAGUUCUUCGCGCAGCAGGAGGACAGUCUGACGGGCAACAUCAAGUGGGAGCUGUGCGGCCCCUUCAUCGCCUCUUGCAAGAAGCUGCUGAAGGUGAUCGUGCACACCGAUCCCAAGAUCAAGAAGAUGUUGGUGUCGCGGCGUAAGGCGCUGGACAAGGCGGUGGAGGGCAUGGGCCACCACGGCAUGGUGGGCACCUCCGACGGCUCGCUGAUGAAUCUGCACGACGCGCUGAAGCUCGAGUUCAAGAAGGUGGUGACGUCGUACAAGGCGGCGCUGGAAAAGCUGGAGGAGCUGAGUUUGUCGACGGCGUCCAAGCAGACGCUGUGCCGCAGCAUCAGCCACGGCCCGGCGCCGAUCCAGGUGUCGCAUCAGCGCCAGCUGAGUAUCACUCAGCAGGAGAUUCAAGAGAGGCUCAUCAAGAACAAGACCAUCCUGAAUGUGGUGGAGCCGAUCCUGGGCAACCACAGCCUGGACAUCUUCCUUGGCAUCUUGCAGCGCCGCAUCGACCACGACAAGGACUGCCUCUUCCAUUUCACGCAGCUGAAGAAGGAAGUGAAGGACAUGAAGGACGCCUCAGUGGUUGUGCCCAUCCUGAUGCGCUACGGUCACGGCAUCGACCAG